AUGGAUAAAGAGGGUGAAAACAUUGCUGAUCAAGAAACUCAUUCAAAGGAAGAUUUACUGAAUAUCAGAGACUUCGAAAAUGCUUUAAAGGAAACUAAAAUUUACUCAGGCCAUGAGCGGGAUAUUAUUGAUAUUCUUCAGGAAGAUCUGAGAAGUACUGACUAUUCAAAAGACUCCACUGGUCUCGAACCAGGUGACUUCGAUCCGAAGGAGUUGCUGAAUCAUAACUUUGAGGCUUACAAGUACACAAGAGGGCAGCUAAUAGACUGGAUAAUGAUAAUAUUCGAGCAGCUCGAACUAAAUUCAGAGAUCUAUGAGGACAAAUUGAGAGGGUUCUUAGUCAAUAUUUGUAGCAAUUACAGACGUGUCCCAUACCACCACUUCACUCAUGCUUUUUCUCUAACAAACGGGGCAUAUUGGAUACUUAGCAAUAUUGGAAAGGAGGGACCAUCUGAUGAGAAACAAGGCGCUUACAAGUUCUUUUCCAAAGAUGAUAUCCUUGGCAUCAUACUUGGGUGCAUCGGUCAUGAUGUUAACCAUCCUGGAAUGAACAACGGGUAUCUUCUUAAAACUAAAGAUGAUUUGCUUAUCUUAUGAUCAAAAUUUACGGACGAUGACUCCGUGACCACCAUCAGUGAGGAGGGCAUGUCCAGCCAUGUCCUUGAAGAGCUUGGAACAGAUAACAAAAAUAGCGUGCUUGAGAACAUGCAUCUGAAAAUUAUGCUACAUUGCAUGGAUAUUUUACCAAAGGAAAAAGCCGACUCUGUCUCCCAAGCUAUUGCUGAAGGGAUUUUAUGAACAGACAUGUCCAAGCAUGGCACUUUGGUGGAGAAACUCAAGGCUAUUGGAGAGAAAUUCAAGGAAAAUGAAACUUAUACCCCAACUCAAGAGGAGAGAACCUUUUUAGCAGCAAUGAUAGUCCAUGCUUGUGAUCUUAAUGGCCUCAUCCUAGACUAUGACCAUUCGUUUAAAUGGGGUAUGAGAAUUGCACAAGAGUUUCAUGACCAGUACUGUGCAGAGGAAAAGCUGGACCAAGAGAAGUAUGGUCAACCCUUGGCCUUCCUCAAGUACACAGGUGCUGAAGCUUUUAAGAAGAGCCAGGCUGGGUUUUGCAAGAACAUUAUCUUGCCAAUGUGGCAAGUAUUAUAUGAUAUACUAAAAUUUGACAGAGUAGUCAUAGACAACAUCGAGAAGAACCAGGAGUUAUUACUAGAAGGUUUAGACUAAAUCCAUUAGGUCCUCUCAGGAGGCAUUGCACCAGAGCUUUUUAUGGUGCCAACAAUCAUACACUCAACAAUUAUUGUAAAAUUUU